AUGGGUCUAGCUCUGCUGCCUCCACCACCACCACCUCAGAUUCCAGGCCUUCCAAUCCCUGGAUCUCCACAAAAUCUAAUUAAAUGCUGGCAACCUUUAACAAGCAUACCAGGAUGUGUCAUGGAAAUUCUCACAUCUUUUCUUGGAGGGUUAGAAGUUGUGACAUCCAUAGCUUCCAUCCCGACAUACAAACCAUCAGAUAGAAUUCGCCAAUUCAAUGACUUGGCGGAGUUUCUUGGUGAUGAAAGAGCACAAGAUGCUCGAACAAUAUGGAACAGGCCUCUUAAGACUAUUUACAUCGGUGGCUGCGGAGAGCUGAAAGUGACAAAACCCUCUCUUUCUCCUAGCUUACCAUAG